ACUGCCCUGUCAUUCUUAGCUACAGUAUAAGUGGGUGUGAAGAAGAAGGAUAACAACAACAAGUCAAAGUGUUUGGCUACUUCACCAAAAGAGCAAUGACUAACCGAGAAUGGAUUAGGAUUUUUCAGUCAAAGGUCAAUAAUCUGAAGAGGAAUAAGGGAGACCGCUGGCGUAUCGAGUUUGAUGAAUCCAUUAAGGCAGACAGUGUGCAAUCAGGCUGGCAUCAGUACAUCAGUGGGGCAUUUGGAAGGUUCAAGUGCUCCAAGUGUAACAGGAGUUGGUCCUCUGGCCGGGUGAAUGUGGUGUUUCACAUGCAGCUAUCGUCAGGGCAGGGAAUGGUGAAAGUGCGACGCUUGCGUCAGGAAUGCAGGCAAUGUGACGACGCUCUUAUGGAGGAGGUCAGUUUCGAUGAGGAGAAACUGGAAGUCCUACUGGAGAAACUGAUGGAGAAGAUUCGUAUCAAGUGCUACCGCGAGAACCUGGGCAAGAGAAAACAGAUCUCAUUUCGAUGACGAAGACGAUGAAGGUCCCCCCAUGAGAGUGCCCAUUGUGAAGCCUGCAGCAUGGGCCUUUGCACAAAGCGUUUCAAAGCCCGGUAGAAUAUGGUAGAAUUAGACUGGUAUACGCCCUAAUACGCUUUUGAUCAUAUUUCUCUUUGUUUACUUGUCUAUAUCAUAGUGGUCAUUGGGUACACCCUAAUGUCUGAUUGCUAAAGCUAUUUGUUGAUUAAAUAAAUGCAAUGAGACACUGGUGGACUGAUGGAAGAUAGGUGUGGCUGCACAGGGAAGCUUCCUCUACUAUGUGAGGUUAGAGCGGUAGAGAAGCUUCCUCUACUUGUGAUUCCUUUGAAGAGGAAAUGGAUUGCCUGUAUUUUGCAGCUGUUCCAGUGUGUGUACAAACAAAGCUUUAUUACUGUCAUUGAAUUAUUCUGCUGGUACACCAACAAUACUGUUGGGUCUGUGUAUUUCCUGUCUUACUCCACAGUGUGUCUAUUUGUAAUUGUUAUGCAAUCUAAUGAAGCCAAAACAAGUUUUAUUGCGCAAGACAUUUGUUGUUGAUGGGGUGUGAUAUUAGGCGUGAACUACUAUAAGAAUAAUGUUCUCUCAAUGUGCAAGACACAGCAUGUCACUCUUUUGUAUUCUUACAUGGAUGUAUAUUACCCAUAACCACAAUAAACACACCACAUAUCCUCUUCCUCUUUCAUGAUGAUGACAUGACCUUUACGGUAACAGUGACAGGCCUGCACUGGCCACAACACCCCCAUUUGUAAAAGACAAUGCAAAUAAAACACAAUACAAAUAAAAUGGCUUUAUGAACUCA